UGCCUCCAGAUAAGACACCUUACGGGUAACCUUUAUCUCUUGAAUUUGUAACUCUCUUUUAUACACUUCGCAAGUUCUAGAGUUUGCAGGAUGUGUACCGUUGCAAUUUAGGCAUACGACUGGAUCGUCACAUGGAGAACCCGGGUGUAAGGAUUUUCCACAGACACAUACUUGUUCCUUCUCACAUUUUAGUGUUGUGUGUCCGAAACGUUGACACUUGUAACAUCUCAUUGGUUGUGGAACAUAUGGUCUCACUUUCAACGUAUAUUAAUCACCCUGGGAAGUUGGGUGGCAUUGAAGGGAGCGGGGGAAAAAAACCACCCUCUCCAUCCAUGCCAGAAGCUUGUACUUGCGUUGGGGCCUGGUCAUCCACCCACAACGCCGAGCAGCCGCUUGAUAACGGUCGGGUGAGGCCUGCCCGCUCCGCCUCGCUCCCGACUGGCACUGGGGACCGUCCGAACCCCUGCACCGUAAGACCAAAGGAACAGAUUGAGACUACUUCCACACUUGCAUCAUCAAGGAGCACACGGGAGCCUGCUUUUGCACAUUUAAUAGGUUUUUUUAAUUCGGCGCCUUUAUUCGUUUUAACAUCAUUAUCGUAUCGAGAAGCAAAACACACAACUUAAACGUAGGAAAGAUUGGAUACAAACGGCGCCGGCGGUAAAAACGAAAUCC